ACUGCACAAAUUCAAAAGCACAAUUGAAAAGUCCUAAUAUAGCGAUUUCUAGAGUCUUUGCUCUAUUUCGUUUGUAAUUAGGGUUUAAAGAGAUGAAGAAGAGAAGAAGGACGGAUCUGAAAGAAGCGGAGUCAGAGCAGGGGAGCAUUGCCCAGGUCGUCUCUCUCAGAGAUUCCGAUCAAAUUCAGUUAAUGGAUGCAAAAGGAGAGAACACAUUAGCAUUGUUCCCAUCCGAACUUCGUGAGAACAUUGAUCUUGUGAUGGAGAUUCUCAUGAGAUUGCCAGCAAAGUCCAUGGUUAGCUACAACUGCAUCUCGAAGCAGUGGUCAUCCCUCAUCUCUUGUCGAUAUUUCUGCAACCGUUUGUUUACUACGGUCACGCGACAGAAACAACAACCACAUAUGUACAUGUGUUUAGUGGAUGAAGGUGGCAAACGUGUGCUGCUAUCAAUUUCAUCAUCAACAACGUCUCCAGACAACAACAACAACACUUGUUAUGUGGUCGACCAAGAUUUGAGCAUCACAGGGAUGGGAGGCUUCUUCUUGAAUCUUGUCCGUGGCUUGAUGUGUUUCUCUGUAAGAAAAAAGGCAUGCAUCUAUAACCCCUCCACCAGGCAGCGCUUGACCUUACCGGCCAUUAAAUCCGACAUCACUGCUGAACAAGGUGAAAGGAAGGAUAUCCGGUAUUACAUCGGACACGAUUCUUCUAACGAUCAAUACAAAAUAGUCUGCACGGUUGCGAAAUCCUCUGAAUUUUUCAAAAUUGUUAAGUCGGAGCAUUGGGUCUUUGUACUAGAAGCUGGAGGUUCGUGGAAAAAGGUUGUUCCGCCCCAAAAUUACCAUCCUCAUGUUCCUUCCACAGUAGGACACUUUCUCAAUGGAUCGGUAGUAUAUUAUAUGGCUUGGCUUGAUAUGGAAACUUGUGCUGUUGUCAGUUUCGACGUUACUUCUGAAGAGUUGACUACCAUCCUAGUACCUCCGGAGGCCGGGGAUGUGGCUCUGCCUGCAGCUAGGAUGAAGGCUGGUCUUAUCGAGUACGGUGGGAAAAUAGCUGUUUUCGAUCAUACCCAUCUCCAAGAUAAGUGUUUGGUGGAUUUAUGGGUAUUGAAAGACGCUGGGAAGAUGAAAUGGAAGAAGAAGAGGCUUUUUUUACAGCCUUGUCAAAAGCAUCUAGUCCAUGAACUUACUCUGAUCGUUAAAGGUACAACUCGAGAUGGCAAGGUUAUCUUGGCACCGGUGGAGAUGCAUUCCAAGUUCUUUAUUUUGUUUUACGAUAUUGGAAGCAAUGACCUGAGUAAGGUUGAAAUCAAAGGAGUGCCACACAUUUGGUUUGAUAAGGACUGCUAUUUCGACUUGAAGUACUCUAUGGAUGAGAGUGAGGACGUCAUCUACUUGGAAACUUGACCAUUGUGACUUUGUUUGUCUAGCUAAGCUGUUUAAGAACAAUACAACUAAGUUACAUGUUUUUGUUUUUGUCAGGAAUUAAUUUAUUUUCUAGA